UGGCGGCGAAACUGUGUGUUAAAUAUGUGUGAUAACACAUUUUUGUACAAAAUUCCGAAUGGUCAACAAGUUAGAUGCUUGAAAAAAUGGAAAUAAUCAGCUGCAGAUGCGUAGAAUUUAUGUAGUUGUGGUUUUAAGUCCGCGAUUUUCGUCUGGUUUUGUGUUUUGAACUUAACCAUCGUUUCCAGCUACAUCGUCUGCUAGAAGUAGCUAGCAGACAACUAAAAAUUUCGUAACUGUGCGACAAGGAGUAAAAUUCUGUAUAGCUCUGGAAAAGUGUAGUACUGUAGUUGCGUUUGGACACAUACAUAAAACCGAAUGACUUUUAGAGUUGUAUAUUACACGUGCCACAUGGUCAUGCUCGUUUAACAUUACAGUCUGUUUCGUUAGUGGCACUUUAUAUACGUGAUGGAGUCCACAGCAGCGGUCAUUAUUAUAGGAGACGAAAUACUGAAAGGUCAAACAGUGGAUACGAAUUCACAUUUUCUUAGUAGACAACUGUAUAAAUUAGGCGUCAGACUGUGUUGUAUAUCUGUAAUUCAAGAUGAUGUGGAUCAAAUUACUGAAGAAGUUAGGAGGCUAGCUAGCAAAUAUACGUGGAUUUUUACCACUGGAGGAAUAGGACCAACUCAUGACGAUAUUACGUAUCGCGGAGUUGCAAAGGCCUUUGGAGAGCGGUUGGUACUAAAUACUGAAAUAGUGGAGGUACUGAAGAAAGUAUAUCCAACCGCUCACAACCAAAUGGACCCAGAAGUGAAUCCUGUAUUAAGAAUGGCACAGAUACCAGAAUCUGGAGUGCUUAAUUACCUCAAGAGCGAGGGAGAAGGGGCACUUGAUGGAUUCAUUGAUAAUUUUCCAGUUGUCUCAGUUUUCAACGUUUAUAUUUUCCCAGGUAUACCUGCAUACUUCCAGUUCGCCUUCAAGAAAUUGAAGCAUAUAUUUGCGAACCGUGGCACAAGGUUUUACUCCGUACAGCUUUAUUUACAAUUGUCGGAGGUCGAAGUUGCUCCAGUUCUUAAUGAAGCUGUUCGGUUGUUUAAUGGUAAAGUUUUGUUUGGUUCAUACCCUUGUACAGAAAGUGGCUUCUAUUUUACUAAAAUAACAAUGGAGUCGAAAGUCUAUGUAGAGGUAUUGGAAGCCAAAGCUUUUCUUCAGCGGAAUUUUGCACCGGAAUCGAUUAUUAGAUUUCUACCAAGCUCUGUAAGUAAUGCUGUAAAUAACGUGUAUCAGAUGGUUGAAUCAUCACUCGUGGAUCGGCUGUCACUGGUUGUGAAGAAGGCAGUUAAGGUACUUGAAACAUGUUUCCAGAAGUAUACUCUACCACAGCUCUUUUUGAAUUUCAAUGGAGGAAAAGACUGCACUGUUCUUCUGCAUUUGGUGCAUGCAGUAAUGCAAAAACAUUUUCCAAAUAAAAACUCUGAUGUCAAAUUAUUGACUUUGUACAUAAGACCAGAUGACCCUUUUCCUGAAGUGGAGGCCUUCAUUGAAGAAAGUGUUCAGAGAUAUAACCUGGAACUGAAAAUUAUACCAGGUUCAAUCAAAACUGCACUGGAAAAACUAUUAGCUGAAAAGCCGGCCUUAAGAGCAGGACUUAUGGGAACUCGACGAACUGAUCCUUAUUCAGAAAAAUUGAAUACGUUUCAGAUGACAGAUAAUGAUUGGCCUCAAGUAAUGCGUGUGUCUCCUCUGCUGGACUGGGAUUAUCAAGAUGUUUGGCUAUUUCUCCAAGAAAUGUCUGUGUCUUACUGCAGUCUGUAUGAUGUCGGCUACACAUCUCUAGGAGGUCGCAGCAAUACUGCUCCCAAUCCAGCACUGCUUUUCCAAACGAAUGAUGGAAAGGAAGCCUACAAACCUGCAUAUUUGUUGGGAGAUGGAGCUUCUGAAAGGAGUGGCAGAUGCUAAUGAUUGUGGAGCUGAGUAAACAUCGGGUCCUAACAACUUCUGAAUGUGAGACAAUACUGGUGUUUCUUCAAAAUGCUGCAUCUAUUAUUUAUUGUUAAAAUCUGUGUAAUAAUUCUGUUAAUCACGCACAUUGUGAGGAAAGUAAAGCUUUAAUGUUAGAGUUAAGGAAAAACAGUAUCAGUUAAAGAAAUCUCUUGUAACUGUGUUAUCUCUAAGAUGGCUUUUAUGAACAUAAUGAUAAUAUGAUACUCUCUCAUAAAAUAGCCUUCUGCACUGAUAUGCCUACUGAUGAUGAAUCUCUGGGACGAAAAUGAGGAAUAUAUGUACUUAAUGAACUUACCUUAAUUUUAAGGAUGCACAGUUGUUAGUCAUAAGAGAGCCUGUUGGUAUGCUAUUAUUUGAUACAUUCAGUUCUGAAAUUAUAUCAUUAUUAUUCAUUUACCAUUUUAUAGAAGUUCAUAGAUUAUCAGAAGUAUGAAAGGGUUUUUCUAUUUUUUUUCCUACUAUUAGUAUGGUAAAGCCUGAGAAGUAGUGUGUAGUACAUAAUAGUGCUUAAGCAAAGCACUGUCUGAUUAGUUAAUAUCUGUGUCAAACAUUCUGUAAAUAAUUGUCUAAAUUUUGUUUUAAAAUAAAAAUGUACCUGAUACAUUCAUUUUCUUAAGGGUUCCAAAUUAAUAAGCAUUUUCUGCUUUCAUUACAAAACAUUGUUGCAUAAGAUGUUCACUUUGUCUUCCUUGUGCUCCAGUUUCAAAAAAUCGCAAUAUUAAUGUAUCUAGUUUUGUAAAAUGUUCUGUGUCGAGUGAUUUCAAUUUCAGGUAGCUAGUUUCAUUCUGUAGAUGCAGUAUUGCAAUGAUCAUUUUGAUGAAAUGAACUCUCAUUUAUUACGUAGCAUGCUGAUGUGAACAUUGAUUUCCAAUAUUGCAGUAAAAUUUCUGUGCACUAUUAAAAUAAACUGUGUUAUGAGACUGGAGAAACCAUUGUUUAUAUAUGAAAAAUAUAUAAAUAUUUAGUGAGAAAAGAAUAUAUAUAUGUUAUGGUGCAUAGGUAUGAUUCUGAAACCAGUGGCCAUUUCAUUCUGUGUCUUUACUUUUUUACCAGAGGUUCUGCACUCAGGACAAAUUUUAAAGACAAGAAACUGUUUAUAUAUACUUGUGCUGUUAAAAUAAAUUGUUGAUGUUGUAUUU